GCGCGGGAGGUGGGACCCGGAGGCGGUUCGGGUGCCCCGCCUCGUGCCUUACUCUCCUUGCUCGCCUCUGGGUGGCCUUUAAUGUCUUGUGUUCUAAGGUGUGCUGAGGGGAAAGACGCGGGAGGUCUCUAGCCUGACACUAUGGAGGAAGAGAAAAGCUACAAUUUCGACGGUGUGAGCACCAACCGCCUGAAACAGCAGUUGCUGGAAGAAAUCCGCAAGAAGGAUGCAGUGCAACUCUCAAUAUUUGAACUAAGACACAAGAUUACAGAACUGGAAGCCAAACUGAAUACUGACAAUGAAGGUAGUGAAUGGAAAACCCGUUAUGAGACACAACUUGAAUUAAAUGAUCAACUAGAAAAGCAAAUUGUUUAUCUCAAGGAGAAGAUGGAAAAAAUCCGUGGAAACUCUUCAGAUAGACUAUCUUCUAUUCGUGUCUAUGAACGAAUGCCAGUGGAAUCCUUAAACACAUUACUUAAACAGCUAGAAAAAGAAAAGAGGACUCUUGAAAGUCAAGUGAAAUACUAUGCACUUAAACUGGAACAAGAAUCAAAGGCUUACCAGAAGAUCAGCAAUGAACGCCGUACAUACCUAGCUGAAAUGUCUCAGGGUUCUGGUUUACAUCAAGUUUCUAAAAGGCAACAGAUGGAUCAACUGCCUAGGAUGCAAGAGAAUCUAGUGAAAACUGGAAGAUAUAAUCCAGCUAAGCAGAAGACAGUGAGUGCCAAGAGAGGACCAGUAAAAAAGAUUACAAGAUCAAAUCAUCUUCCAGAACUCCAUCCAUGAUUCCAGAACUGGGUGGAUUUCUAUUUCUUCCUUUUUCCAUUUAUAAUAUUCAACUUAUGAAGUUAAUGGUCAGCAUAUUUCUUCAGGGAAUAAAAUAGAUAAGAACUGCCAAAUUUUUCUUUAGCUCCUUUUCCAGAUGUGUGUCCCUUUGUUUGCAUAAAAGUAAUUUUCUCCAGUGACCCUAAACGAUGAAGUGCUUGAGAGUUUUAAAAUAUCCUAGGGAAUCUGAAGGCUGGCAUCGUUACAUUUACUUUUCAUGAUACACCCAUGAUCUCUCUGAUAGAAACAUUUCUAUUCUAUUUGGUUUCUAGUUGACUGUCAGCGAAAAGUGUGUAUUCAUAAAACCUUUUUGCUAUUUUGGGCUGGAUCUUGCUCAGUUUUUUAAAUUUCAGGUUUAAACAAAGUCGAAAAUCAAGUCCAUUUUAAGUUUUGACUUGAACUCAUGGUAUUGUAGAACAACCUUAGAUCACAAAUAAACUUGCCGCUCUGCCAUGAACUUAGGAGAUCUUGGGCAAGUCCCUUCACCUCUUGUUUAUUUCCCACACCUGUAAAAUGACUGAGGCAAAACUAUACACUUUCUGAGGUAUUUUACAAUUCUAGAAAACCAGUAUUUAUUCGAUCAUAAGGUCCUACCACUUACUUAGCACUAGUGAUUUAAGUCAUUUUGUGACGUGUGGUAAUUCAUAGUGAUGGACUAAUUCUUUAGACCAAACUGCAAUUGUUCACAAUACUCAAGUCCAGACGUGGAGAUAGAAUGAGAAUAAGAAAAGAGUUCUUUUGAGGCAUUUAUAAAAUGUAUUGAAUCCUCUCAUUCGUGGUUAGACUGUUUUUGUCUUUUAGAUAGUUUAUGUAACUGUCACCUAGGUCCGGAACAUGUAACUUGUUUGUCCACUUUAAUAAGUGAAAUCAUUGGACUUCAAAUUUAUAGAAAUCACCUAGAGGUAAGUAUAGUUUCCAGCAAAUGGUGUUCUCAUCCUGUAUCUGGCACUAAACCUAAAUUCAAUUCUGUAUCACCAGGAAUGAAUACCAAAUGCAUUUCUGUAACUACUUCUAUAAAAUUUUAUUUUCUUUCUUUAAGGAAGAAUAUAUAAAUUUCAU